AAACACACACACACACACAUACACACACUGACUGACGGCUCGCUGACUGACAGCGGCUCCACACACACACGGAUGAGCCAUGCCGAAUAAAACCAAAAAGGACAAGGAUUCUCCGAAAUCUGCGAAAGUGGGUAAAACUGCAGGACAAGAGAAUUCAGAACAUGAGCAGGGUUCGAAUAAGAAGGGUGGGAACAGCGUCCCGCCGGCCACACAGCUGCUGAAGGGCAAACAGUCUGGAUCUCAGACUCCGGUGAAGAAAGAAAAGCGUCCGAACUCCUCCAGAUUCAGCCUCAGCAACAACCGAGAGCUCCAGAAGCUGCCCGCUUUUACAGAUGUUCCUCCCGCCGAGCAGGAGAAGUUAUUCGUGCAGAAGUUGCGCCAGUGCUGCGUUCUCUUCGAUUUCGUUUCCGACCCGCUGAGCGACCUGAAAUGGAAAGAAGUAAAGCGUGCGGCGCUGAGCGAGAUGGUGGAGUACAUCACCCACAACAGGAACGUCAUCACAGAACCCAUCUAUCCGGAGGUGGUGCACAUGUUUGCGGUCAACAUGUUCAGGACGUUACCGCCAUCAUCUAACCCAACGGGAGCCGAGUUUGACCCAGAGGAGGAUGAACCCACACUGGAAGCGGCCUGGCCUCACCUGCAGCUCGUCUAUGAGUUUUUCCUGCGGUUUUUAGAGUCACCAGACUUUCAACCAAACAUAGCCAAGAAAUACAUCGACCAGAAGUUUGUGUUGCAGCUUUUGGAGCUGUUUGACAGUGAAGACCCUCGAGAGCGAGACUUUCUGAAGACGACGCUUCACCGCAUCUACGGGAAGUUUCUGGGUCUCCGAGCGUACAUCAGGAAACAGAUCAAUAACAUUUUCUAUAGGUUCAUCUAUGAAACGGAGCAUCAUAAUGGAAUAGCAGAACUACUGGAAAUAUUAGGAAGCAUCAUCAAUGGCUUUGCCUUACCACUGAAAGAAGAGCACAAAAUCUUCCUCUUAAAAGUUUUGUUACCUUUGCAUAAAGUGAAGUCCCUCAGUGUUUAUCACCCACAGCUGGCUUACUGUGUGGUUCAGUUUCUGGAGAAGGACAGCACACUUACUGAGCCUGUGGUCAUGGCUCUCCUAAAGUACUGGCCCAAAACACACAGUCCGAAAGAGGUGAUGUUUCUGAACGAGCUGGAGGAGAUCCUGGACGUCAUCGAGCCCUCGGAGUUUGUGAAGGUGAUGGAGCCGCUGUUCAGACAGCUCGCCAAGUGUGUGUCCAGCCCACAUUUCCAGGUAGCGGAGCGAGCGCUGUACUACUGGAAUAAUGAGUACAUCAUGAGUUUAAUCAGCGAUAACGCAGCCAAAAUCCUGCCCAUCAUGUUCCCUUCACUCUACAGAAACUCCAAAACCCACUGGAAUAAGACGAUUCACGGCCUGAUCUACAACGCUCUGAAGCUGUUUAUGGAGAUGAACCAGAAGCUGUUUGAUGACUGCACACAGCAGUUCAGAGCAGAGAAAAACAAAGAGAAAGCCAAGUGGAAAGAGCGGGAGGAGGCCUGGAUCAAGAUCGAGAAUCUCGCCAAAUCAAACCCACAGUUUCUCAUGUACAUCGACGCCAAUAGCCUCUGCAGUCCGAUGGACAUGGAGACGGACGGACCGAUGCUUGAAGACGUCCUGAUGCUGAAGAAAACUGUAGAAGAAGAAGCCACUCCGUUGCACAGAGAGCAGCGUAAGGAGCGUCCGCUGAUGCGCCGCAAGUCUGAGCUUCCUCAGGACACGAGCACCGUGAAGGCGCUGGAAACACACCGGCGCGCAGAAGACAUGAUCGGCACUCAGGAUGGCCACUAGAGGACACAAGCACAUGCACACACACAAGCACACUCUCACACACACAUCUCAAACCAAACCUGGUGUUCUGACGAUAUAUGCUAACUCCUCAGAAUGUGCUAGUGGUAUCUCAAUCUGUCAUGUUUCAUCUAAAAAACAGGGGCUCCCUGAUAUCUUGUCCGCUUCAAAUGUCUAUUAGAGUUAACUACCACCUUUAAUUAGAACUUCCACCUUAAAUUGGGACUUCCACCUGAAAUGGGGACUUCCACCUUAAAUUGUGAGUUCCCCCUUAGAUAAUGAUGUAAAAUCAGGGGUAGCACAUUUUGUCAGCACUAUGUCUAUCAAAAUGACCCUAAUUAACUAAUCACAUUUCAAAUUUUUCAUUAUGAUUGACAUUUGAAAGCUGGCAGUGCGUUCUACUUGCUCUACCUCUGUUUUUACAUCCUUAUUUAAGGCGGUAUUUAACUGUGUUAAUUUUUUUUACAUCCUCAUUUAAGGUGGAAGUUCCUUCCAAUAGACAUUUAGAGCUGAUAAAAUGUGCUAUCCUUGUUUUUACAAUCUUAUUUAAGGUGGUAUUGAACUCUGAUAGACUUUCGGAAGCUGUCAAAAUGCGCUAGUCCUGUUUGUACACCCUUAAUUAAGGCGGUAGUCUUCAUUUAAGGUGGAAAUUUGUUCCAAAAAACAUUUAAAGCAUGUGAAGAAUGAAUGUGAAGAAUGUGAAGGUAGUAUUUCAUUCUGAUUUACAUGUUAAGCAGACAAAAUGUGCUACACCUGAUUUUACACCCUUAUUUUAAUGUGGAAGUUUAAUCCGAUGUCACAGCUGACAAAAUGUCGCUCUUCCAAAUGUCAAUCAAAGUUAAAUACCACCUAAAUAAGGGUGAAAAAACAUGUUAAGCAGACAAAAUGUGCCAACCCUGUUUUUACAUCCUUAUUUUAAGCUCAAUCCAAUCAAUCCGAAGCAGUCAAAAUGUCUAUCUUCCAAAUGUCAAUCAGAUAGACACCACCUUAAAUAAGGGUGAAACUCUGAUGGACAUUUGGAAGCUGACAAAAUGGGCUACUCCUGUUUUUUACAUGCUUAUUUAAGGUGGAAGUUCAUUCCAGUAGACAGUUGAAGCUGACAAAAUGUACUGUCCCUGAUUUUAAAUACUUGUUUAAGGCGGUAGUCCUCAUUUAAGGUGGAAAUUUAUUCUGAUAGACCCUUGAAGCUGACAAAAUGUGCCAACCUGUGUUUUUACAUCUUUGUUAAGGCGGUAUUCAACUCAGAUGGACAUUUGGAAGCUGGCAAAAUGUGCUGAAUCGUUUUUUUCUGUCUUCGUUUAAGGAUGUAGUCCUUUUUAAGGUGGUAUGUAACUCUGAUAGACAUUUGAAAGCUGACAAAAUGUGCUACCAGUCUUUUUACAUUGUUAUUUAAGGUGCUAGUUUAAUCCUAUAGACGUUUGGAAGCAGUCAAAAUGGCAAUCUUCCAAAAGUCAAUCAGAGUUAAAUACCACCUUAAAUAAAGGUGAAAAAAACGCUGACAUUUGGAAGCUGACAAAAUGUGCCAUCCCUGAUAUUACAUACCUAUUUUAGGUGGCAGUCCUAAUUUAAGGUGGCAGUUUACUCCAGUAGACGUUUGAAAGCUGGUAAAAUGUGCUACCAAUCUUUUUACAUCCUUAUUUAAGGUGUUAGUUUAAUCCGAUAGACAUUUGGAAGCAGUCAAAAUGGCAAUCUUCCAAAGUCUUAGUUAAAUACCACCUUAAAUAAAGGUGAAAAAACUGUGAUUGACAUUUGGAAGUUGUCAAUGUUGUUAAUCCUGUUUUUUACAUUCUUAUUUAAGGUGGUAGUUAAUUCCAAUGGACAUUUAAAGCUGACAAAAUGUGCCAUCCCUGUUUUUACAUCCUUAUUUAAGGUGGUAGUCUUAAUUUAAGGCGGUAGUCUUAAUUUAAGGCGGUAGUCUUUAUUUAAGGCGGUAGUCUUUAUUUAAGGCGGUAGUCUUUAUUUAAGGCGGUAGUCCUAAUUUAAGAUGGUAGUCUUUAUUUAAGGCGGUAGUCUUAAUUUAAGGCGGUAGUCUUUAUUUAAGGCGGUAGUCUUUAUUUAAGGCGGUAGUCUUAAUUUAAGGCGGUAGUCUUAAUUUAAGGCGGUAGUCUUAAUUUAAGGCGGUAGUCUUUAUUUAAGGCGGUAGUCUUAAUUUAAGGCGGUAGUCUUAAUUUAGGGCGGUUAAGGCGGUAGUCUUAAUUUAAGGCGGUUAAGGCGGUAGUCUUAAUUUAAGUUUAUUCCAGUAGACAUUUGAAGCGGACAAGAUGUGCUCCCCCUGUUUUUUUUUUUUUAGAUGAUACAUGACAGAUUGAGCUCCUGCUAGCACAUUCUGAGGAGUCAGCACAGAUCGUCAGAACACCGGCCCAGUCUCACCGACGCAGCGGACCCGCAAACCAUCCCGUCCCACACCCAGACCCUCGUCCAGUCCUUUCUGUCCUCUUUCGUUCAUCUCUCUCUCUCUCUCUCUUUAACGCUGUGCCUGUAGAGGAUGAAAGCAGGCGCAUGAGCACUUGACGUGACUGUAUUCAGAGCGAUUCUCAGGUUGUUCAGAGGCCGAGAGAGCAGCGCUUUUGGUCUCUUCAGUGGUUUGUGUCUUUUACUUGUCAUUUUAGUCUUAACGUUUACCGUUCGAAACAUCGAGGAAAAAAAAAAAAACGUUUGUGCGAAUACUUUGGCAAUAAGUUCGUCCAGGUGGGGUGGGGGGGGGUUUGGUAGUUCAAACAAUGGUGAACGGCCUUACUGUGUUUUAUUUAGUUUUGUUUGUUAACGUAAAAGCGAUUUUAAAAAGUACAAGCAUUACUAACAGGCAAUAUUCAAGCGUUUAUUUACCCACGUUCGUUUUUCGACCAAGCCUUUAUUUGCAUAGAGUGCCUUUCUUUAGAUGAAGGAAAACUUUAAUCGCAUAAAUAAUCAAUUUUUAAGGAUCGAGCCCAACAAUAGACUUCCUGAUAAACUUGAACGCCUCUUUCUUUGUUCUUUAUCGAAUCCUUCUGAACCAUUGUUUGAACUUCCAUUCGGUUUCGCCUGGUUUGAACUGUUAAUUUUCUCGUCUGCGUUUGUCCGUGACGUGAUUUCAGACGCUCGCAGUUUUAUUUUCAUAUAUAAAUAUAUUUUCUCGGCCCAUAUAAGCUUGUCGGUGUUCAAUUUGAAUGUGCAAAAUUUCAAUCGAUCAUUUUUUUUCCGUCUCCCAAACCUUUAUAUCGAUGUUUUCUGCGUUUAAUUUAAAUUCUCCUCUCUUUAUGACUGUAGUGCUUCAAACGUAGUCGACGAAAGAUUCAUUUCUCCUCCAGAAAAAAAGCAUAACUUCAAAAUAAGAGACGUUUCUUUUCCGAGCUUUUAUUGUGGCGAGUUUCACUCCGUUUCAUUUGACGACAAAGAAAAAUACUGCAAAGUGUCCUUUAGUCCGCGUCCCUCUACUAAAUGGCUUCGUCUGAUAUUGUACAUAUUAUGUACUGUUAUGAUCCAUCUCUUAUUGAAUGGUAGAUCUCUUAUUUUGUACAAAUCUUCUCUCUCGUGUACAGAUGAAAACAGUUAUUAGCCACUUGCAGUCAGUUGUAUUUGACAGACUUCUGUAACUGCGUUAGAAAUGUUUUAGAGGUUUCAUUUCCAAUGUUUCUUCUGUUGGUUUUUUUACUAUUUGUAAUUGAGAACUUUUCUGUCUCUGCAUUCAGCUGUCUGAUGAGAUCCAUCAUUAAAGAAAAUAGCCUUCAUAUGUGCGCUUCUCCAAAUCUCAAGUGGUAUAUGUCUAUAUACAGGAAAUAAAGAAAACGUGUUUUAUAUUUUCAUCUUA